AUGCUGCUCAGAAGCAUCACUUCAUGCCUUCCUUCUUCGGCAACCAUAGACAACCUGUUCUCAAUUGCCAGGGCAGGCAGCUUGGUUCCUGAUAUCUCUCUGGAUGACACACUGCAAAGCUUCCUAUCCCUGGACUCAAGUGCUACUCUCGAACAACAGCAUGCAGACAUUCAGCAACACUUGUCUGCUGAACAACUAACUGUUUUCAACCAGGACCUGAUGUCUUUAUUGAGAGGGAGCACAAAGGUGGCAUUGGGGGGUGUGGGUGUUGUGGCACUAGCCCUGUCCCUACUCUUUGAUGUCUUAGCCCACAAAGCAAAAAGGCAAGGGGACAACAAGAAUGCUAUGGACCCUACCAAAAUUAUCUUUGGAAUCAGCAAUUCCUCAAGAAUUGGGUCCCUCAUUAGUGAAUACCUGAAGCUGGUCCCUGAGAUAGCCAAUGACAUGAACAAGAUGGCGGAGGUGACAGAGCUCUAUGACCAGUACCUGAAGAAUGAGCUGAUUGACCAUUUUGAGAGGAUGACAAACAAGAGACGCAUGGGGUCAGUGGCCAUGAAACAGUGGCUGUGUGGGGCAUCUUUCCACCUGCACAUGAGGAUCCAUGAGAUCCGCUUGGGCUCUGUUCCACGAGGCUCAGCAGAAGCACUGCGUCUCUCCUACAAGACUGCGUUCACCAGCCUGGUCAAGCUCUAUACAGCCCACUUACGCAAAAAUAUCCAGGAGACACCACCAGAGCCAGGAGCCAACAGCAUGCCAGGGCUCCUAGUCAUUGAGCCCCACAAGAACGUCACACACAGAGUUCAACACAGUCCCUGUGAGUCCAAGGUCAUUGGAGACGCUCUGCUGACCCGGAUCAUUGCUGCUCAGGAGAUUGAAAACAGCAAAGACUUCUUUCUGCAGUCUGAACAUUACUUUUAUAAACUGAUCAACCAACGGGAAGGUUUUGAAUUGCAGAAAAGUAAUUAAUAGUCAAAAAAAGAAUAGUAAAUCAUGAUGGUAAUUAAGGUGAUUUUAAUGAUAUCUGCAAUCUGGAGUAAUGGAAUAAAAGUUCAUUUAAAGGGUGUAGUGGUAGCAUCAAAGGUGGUGGUGGUAUCAUAUAAUUUGAUGUGGUGAUUUUUGUAUUUUGGGAUGGCUAGAUAAAGACUGCAUUGUGUAACCAGGCUCUGAGUCUGUGUCAGCAAAAAUGUAUGUACAGUCGUGGUCAAAAGUUUUGAGAAUGACACAAAUAUAAAUUUUCACAAAGUCUGCUGCCUCAGUUUUUAUGAUGGCAAUUUGCAUAUACUCCAGAAUGUUAUGAAGAGUGAUCAGAUGAAUUGCAAUUAAUUACAAAGUCCCUCUUUGCCAUGAAAAUGAACUUAAUCCCCAAAAAACAUUUCCACUGCAUUUCAGCCCUGCCACAAAAGGACCAGCUGACAUCAUGUCAGUGAUUCUCUCGUUAACACAGGUGAGAGUGUUGACGAGGACAAGGCUGGAGAUCACUCUGUCAUGCUGAUUGAGUUAGAAUAACAGACUGGAAGCUUUAAAAGGAGGGUGGUGCUUGAAAUCAUUGUUCUUCCUCUGUUAACCAUGGUUAACUGCAAGGAAACAAGUGCCGUCAUCAUUGCUUUGCACAAAAAGGGCUUCACAGGCAAGGAUAUUGAUGCUAGUAAGAUUGCACCUAAAUCAACCAUUUAUCGGAUCAUCAAGAACUUCAAGGAGAGAGGUUCAAUUGUUGUGAAGAAGGCGUCAGAGCGCCCAAGAAAGUCCAGCAAGCGCCAGGCCCAUCUCCUAAAAUUGAUUCAGCUGCGGGAUCGGGGAGCCACCAGUGCAGAGCUUGCUCAGGAAUGGCAGCAGGCAGGUGUGAGUGCAUUUGCACGAGGCGAAGACUUUUGGAGGAUGGCCUGGUGUCAAGAAGGGCAGCGAGGAAGCCACUUCUCUCCAGGAAAAACAUCAGGGACAGACUGAUAUUCUGCAAAAGGUACAGGGAUUGGACUGCUGAGGACUGGGGUAAAGUCAUUUUCUCGGAUGAAUCCCCUUUCCGAUUGAUUGGGGCAUCCGGAAAAAAGCUUGUCCGGAGAAGACAAGGUGAGCGCUACCAUCAGUCCUGUGUCAUGUCAACAGUAAAGCAUCUUGAGACCAUUCAUGUGUGGUUGCUUCUCAGCCAAGGGAGUGGGCUCACUCACAAUUUUGCCUAAGAACACAGCCGUGAAUAAAGAAUGGUACCAACACAUCCUCCGAGAGCAACUUCUCCCAACCAUCCAAGAACAGUUUGGUGACGAACAAUGCCUUUUCCAGCAUGAUGGAGCACCUUGCCAUAAGGCAAAAGUGAUAACUAAGUGACUCGGGGAACAAAACAUUGAAAUGUUGGGUCCAUGGCCAGGAAACUCCCCAAACCUUAAUCCCAUUGAGAACUUGUGGUCAAUCCUCAAGAGGCGGGUGGACAAACAAAAACCCACAAAUUCUGGCAAACUCCAAGCAUUGAUUAUGCAAGAAUGGGCUGCUAUCAGUCAGGAUGUGGCCCAGAAGUUAAUUGACAGCAUGCCAGGGCGGAUUGCAGAGGUCUUGAAAAAGAAGUGUCAACACUGCAAAUAUUGACUCUUUGCAUAAACUUAAUGUAAUUGUCAAUAAAAGCCUUUGACACUUAUGGAAUGCUUGUAAUUAUACUUCAGUAUAUCAUAGUAACAUCUGAAAAAAUAUAUAUAAAAACUCUGAAGCAGCAAACUUUGUGAAGACCAAUACUUGUGUCAUUCUCAAAACCUUUGACCAUGACUGUACUGUUUGUGUUUGCACUGAAGUCAGCAUCAGUCAAAAACCUGAUCUUUCAUUGGCUGAAAGAUUUGCAGACAUCUAAUAACCCUACAUUCCGCUGUUUGGUUAUUAGAUGUUUGUCCUAGCCGGGACAAUGACCUUCAGACUCUGAGCCCAUCAUGUGUUUAAAUACACAGGUAGUAUUUGACAAAGUCUUAGGAAAGAAGAGUGUGUGAGACAGACAGCACAACCCAAACAUUGGUAACAAAGAAUGCAGUCCAUCUUCAGAAACUAUGAACUGUCUGUUUGAGGUAGCCAGCCAUGCAGGCAUCGUUCCUGACAUCUCCCUGGACAGAACCCUCACCAACUUCUUAUCCUGCAACUCGACUGCUGCUCUGGAACAUCGAUAUUCAGCCAUCCAGCAGAAUAUGUCGGCUGAGCAACUAACAGUGUUUAACUGCAUUUGGAGGGAGCACCAAGGUGAGCCUGGGAGGUCUGGGGAUUGUGGCGCUGGCACUAUCACUGCUCUUUGAGGUCUUGACUCACCAGAUCCAUGAGCAAAGGUCGUACAUGGACCCCAUACGGAGGAUCUUUGGAGCAGAUUACGCUUCAGAAAUCGGCCUUAUCAUCAGUGAGUACCUAAAGCAAGUUCCCGGUAUAGCCAAUGAUAAGAAGAGGAUGGCAGAGCUCCUAGAACGUUAUGACCAAAAGCUUAAACAUGAACUGGAUAACGUCUAUAGGAAGUUGGUCAUUGAGAGUAGCAUGAGCUCUGCUGGCAUGAAACAGUGGCUGAACGGGGCAGCGUUCCACAUGCACAUACGGAUCCAUAGGUUCCGUCUAACUGCCUUACCAGAAGGCCCUUUAGAUGUGCUGAGCCAGUACUAUCAACUCCGUAGCAAUGACUUGAUAAGGACUUAUAUAGACUUCCUACAGAUAAAUAUUCAGGAGACCUCAUCGUUGGCAAAAUCCAAUGGCAUGUCUGGGCUCCUGGUCAUUGAACCCUACAGGAACGUCACACACAGAGUUCAACACAAGCCCUGUGAGUCCGAGGUCAUUGGACUCUUUCAUUGGACCUUGAGCAUAUUCAAGACUUCUUUGUGCAUACUGAAAGUGACUUUGACGAUCUGAUCAAGCAACGGGGAGAUUUUGAGCUGAAUAAAUAAAUGAAUGAAAUAAUAUUUAUCUGCAUAAUGCCCAGUGGUAGAAAUAAUGAUUUUUACUCUUAUAGUUGGCUUAUUACCUGUAAUUAAUGUAUACUCAUGUUACAAACACAAAGAAUAAUUGAUUACCACUUAAUAUAGUAACAAAAAUUUACAUACACCAGCAUUCAUAAUGUUCUGUAGUGUGUGACUUACGCACGCACGCAUCCACAAACACACACACACACACACACACACACACACACACACACACACACACACACACACAUCCUAUUUACAUGGGGUCCUGUGUAAAAAGGGGAAGUUGUGUGAGGAGAUUGUGGUGAAGGAAUGUUGGAGGGUUCUAAAGAGGAAGGGUAGUAGGAGAGGACCUCUGAAAGGUUCAGUGAUAGUGUUGUGGAGUUGUAUAACUGUGGUAUAGUAUUCAAGCGCUGACCUAUCUCAUGCAUCUGUUUCAUACAUGGCUUCUGUUUCUGGGCCUUCUGUACCACUGGUUAGCUACCUUGAGCUGAUAGCUAUAUCAAUUGUGUGUAUGUGUAUUUGUGUGUGUGCGCAGGGGGUGCAUCUCUGUGUGUUUAUGUGCAGCUGUGUGAAGGACUGGGCGCAGAAAUGUUUUUCAACACUAUCUGGUUGCUGCCAUCUAAAGAUGUCUGUGUGGCAGGUCAGCCAGCUCCACAGAGUCAGCACAGGGCUGUAAUUGAAAGUAGAGCAGUUGAGUGGAGCUGCUGUAUUGAUAAGAGCUUAUAAGGCUCCGUCAGCAGGCCCUGUGUCCGUCAGUGUCCCUGGGGAGGGGAGGAGGAGCUGCGAGUAUGCCAUCUGUUAGAGCAGGCACCUCAUAAUGGGGAGGCAGGGAAGGGGGAGGGGAGUCAGGCUGGGGGAGGAAAUAGGAAUGGGGGUGGGCAGCCAGCAAAUAUAUAA